AUGUCGGUUCCUAUUUCUCAGUAUGCGUCCGUGGAUGGAGUGUACCAAGUCGAUGUGCCCACGCGCAAGGCCACGCGUAGUCCGCCCAACGAUGACAUAUGUUGCAUUUUUGUCCAUGCUGGGGCAGGGUACCAUAGUCACCAGAAUGAAAGAAUACACCUUGAAGCGUGCAACGAUGCCGCACAAGUUGCCAUGUUCAUGCUCAAAAACGGAGGCUCUGCACUUGACGCCGUAGAGAUUGCUAUCAAGACCCUCGAAGACCGGGAGAUUACCAAUGCUGGUUAUGGAAGCAACCUUGCCAUGGAUGGUGUUGUGGAAUGUGAUGCCUCAAUCAUAGAUCAUUAUGGGCGCAGUGGAGCUGUUGGAGCUGUGGCUCAAGUCAAGAAUCCCAUAUCCCUGGCACGCAUGGUUCACAGCCACACAAUGGACCCGCUUACGCUGCGCCGAGUCCCCCCAAAUCUUCUGGUUUCUCAAGGUGCUACGGACUUUGCCAUCGAUAUGGGCAUGCCAAUUCUGCCCCAUGAUGCGCUCAUCUCACCAGCAGCCAAAGAGCGUUGGAUGCGGUGGCGCUCCGACCUGAAAUCCGCCGAGUAUAAAUCUCGAAAGAGCGGAGCGCAUCCGUCCUGCUGGAAAAUAAAAGACAAUGCAGAACUGGGCGAGCAGCUAUCGCGGGAACGGAUACGCGAACAGCAUACGCAAAAUCUACUGGCAGCCUGUGUAUCAUCACAGUCUCAGUCACCUCCGCCCUCUGAUGAUAUGAUAUAUGAUCAAGAUGAGAGCAGCCGAUCUGGUCCCUCACUACCCCUCUCAGAGCAGUCUUCAAACUCUUGGGCCAGCGAUGAUCAGGCAGCCACCUCAGAAGCAUCUGCACAGUCAUCGUUGGCUGCCAACCCCUCUCGCAAUGCUUUUAUCAACAGCACACAAACGGUGCCUACCCUGGACCAACUCGGAGAUAAUAACAGACGUCCCAGUGUAAUCAACGACAGAAUUAUGGAGAGCGUUCCGCACGGAGCAAUGCACUCGGCCUCUCCACGCAAGACUUGGGCUGAUGGUUCCGGCGAGGACUCUGGAUCUACCUCCAGCGCACAGACAGAAAAGGCCCACUCUCCAAGAGAAUCUCGUGAAGAAGCAGCGAAACAUAGUCUGCUAGAGUCUAUAGAUAAUCAGAAUUCGGAUACAAAACCACGGUCGAUGCCUCUUGACUCAACACCGCAACAAACCGAAGAAGAUAAUAUUACCGAUACUGUUGGAGCUAUUGCAAUAGACAGCUGGGGUAACAUAGCUUGCGGUGCUUCUUCUGGAGGCAUUGGUAUGAAGUACCGGGGGCGAGUUGGCCCUGCCGCUCUUGUCGGAGUGGGCGCUGCAGUCAUUCCUGUUGAUCCAAAAGACCCCGAUCAGACAAGCGUAGCGACAGUUACCAGUGGAACUGGUGAGCACAUGGCGACAACGAUGGCUGCCACCGUAUGUGCCGAGCGACUUUUUCAGAGCGUGAAAAAGGGUCGUGGUGGAGAGUUUGUUGAGGUUACGGAAGACGAAGCUUUAAAAGCCAUGAUUGAAAAUGAGUUCAUGGGUCAUCCGAGUGUCAAACACAGUAACUCUGCUGGCGCUAUCGGUAUCUUAGGUGUGAAGAAGAUGCGUGCCGGCGUAUUGCUGUAUUAUGGACAUAAUACCGACUCCUUUGCCAUGGCUUCCAUGUCUUCAGAGGACGAACGGCCCGCCUGUUCCAUGUCACGCAACAACGGCAGCGGUCAGAUCGCCCAGGGUGGUCGUAUGAUGUCCGCAAGACGCAACAAGAAGCCAAAGUCAUCAUCCCGCCGAUGA